ACCACAGUUACAGGGAAGCAGGCACGUAUGCAUAAGGAAAAACUAUGUAACCUCUGGAGACUUCAGAAGCAAUAUGAACACCAAAGCACCUUUCCCAGACAUGGACAUGUUUCCUUGGGAAUAGGAAGCAGCACUUUCAUCUUGUCUGAAUGCUGGGUUUUGCUCCUUUUCUGGGGCUUGGUAUUAUUUUGGGAAAAUGGAUUCCACAAAGGAGGGACAGAGGGACACCAAACCAUGACUGAAAUCCCAGAGAGGUUGUUGUGGAGUAAAGUCCAUUUCUUUCUGUUCUUUCUGACAGGCAGGAAAAGCCCAAUCCACAAUGGUCAGCCUGUCCUGCCAAGACAUGACAGUGGCAAAACUUCCUGUGGCAUCACAUACCAGACCAGGCUCUCAUGCUCCCAAUUCUACCAAAAGCCUUCAGAAAAUGAUGAAAGCUCACCAAAAGUGGAGAGGACUAUCUCACAGAGAGGCUACAUGAGGUGCUCAAAGGAAUUUCAUAAGUUUGAAGAUGUGUGGCUGGGCUGGGAGCUCACACCCACUGACAGUGACCACAGCAGCUCUCAGAAGUGCAUGAAGACAUGGAAGGAGCCCUUACGUGAUAGGGUGGAAGUGAUGGGGAUGCCAGCCCAUCUAAGUUCAGCUCCAAGAAUCAGCUCGUGGUCAUUGGGACCACGUUAUCCUUUCAGCAGGAUGUUCUGUAUGAGCUCCUGGAAGUGUGAGCAAUAA